AUAUUUAAAACUAUGUGUCAAAAGUUCACUAAAAAUUAAAUUUAGUUAAUAAUAAUGGGUAUAAACGACAUAAAUUGGUGCUAAUUAACAUGGGAGGGUUCCUAAUAUUUUUCAUUGGAGUUUGCGUUCUAUUUUUCACCUUGUCAUGGAUUAUUCCAAUGAUAAUUUCAUGGCAUUUCGAAAAGAAAUACGAAAUUUCCUUGAAGAUCGGAAGAAUAGGAUUGCCAUAUUUAAAACUAUGCGAUAUAAAUUUAUCCAAAAAUGGUUUCACUAUACAUAUAGACGAAAUUGGCAUAAAGAGCAGCUUCCUAAAUUCAGAAUUGACAAAACUAAUCACACUAAUGGUGAAAGAUGUUCGCAUUAACAAAGAUUUGAGUACAAAAAAACUGGAAGAGGCCUCCAUUAACGACACGCUACUAGAUUUUAGAGACAAACAAGUACCUCACUUCAUAAACACUUUCGCCCAAUUUAUGGCUGUCCACGUGUACAACAUAUCAGCUAUGCUCCUGCGAUCGGAAACACCGGGCUGUCUCAUACACGCCACAGCGAGCCAGCUACACUUAGACGGAAGCAUUUUAAAAAACGCCAAAUCCCUGUUAGUUACAGUCAACCUAAUGGACACUGAAAUCAAAGUUCUCAGGCACGCCGAGCAAAAGACCAAAGAAACCAAAUUAGCCGAAUUCAGCUUCGGCAUAUCCUUGGAAGCCAUAUUGGUGGCUCAAGGCCCGUUGUCAGUCGAGAAGCUGCACGUGAAAAUGUCCCAAAGCAGAGCCACCAUCAAUGGAGCUUUCUACAAUUUGGCUCAUAACUCCAAGAAGUUAGAUAAUAAUAGAGAUUUAAUUUGCUAUAAUCAUAGUUAUCCAGAAGAUGAUAUUUUUAAGAGGAUACAGCCAAUUAUUCCAAAGAACUGUUCGUUGAAUAUUGAUGACACUUCAUUAAGCGGUGUUAAAGACAACGGACAAAUCGAAUACAACUCCUCACUCAAAAGUUUAGCUCUAAAUUACAGAUCGAUAUUUUCGGAUGAUAAGAAUACUUCGAACAACAGCUAUUCAAUGCUAUUUAAUUUCUUCAUAACAGAUUUGUUGCUGUUGAAUAGCAGAGAGAAGCUAUUGGAAUUGAGGCACCUCGGUGUCGAUGCUAAAUUGAAACAGGGUAAUUUGAAUAUUUUCUUGCAACAAAACAGCCUGCUUAUAACGUACGAUCACAACACGAUUCACAAAUGGGUGUGCACGAAUUUCCCGCAACAUCGAACAAACAUUCUGCCGUUGAAACUCGAACCUACCAGAAACGCGGACGCCAGAGUGAUUAGAAAAAAUACGGCUUUGGAGAAAAUUCUGGAGAAGUUGUGCGUGAAUUUCUGCGCCGAAUUCAGUCAAAUUUUAGUGAUAAUCAGAUUGAAGGAUCAAAACUCGUCUAUGGGAUUCAACAAAGUCAGGUUUAUGCUAGACCAAGCUCAAGAAACCAGAGGGGUAUUUUGUAAAUCAUACUUACCGAACCUUCUGUUAAAAAAUCGCCAUUGGACCGUAGAAUUUUUGGUCGAGUCUUUAUGGUGGUCGUUUAAAGAAUGGCCACAAGACACCAACGUCUCCAAAGUCAUGCACAUCUGGGGCACUCCGUUAUAUCUCGGCAUGGGAAUCGUUAAAUUUACUACGGUUCACAACCGGGACGUCAAAAUGGAGUCUCUUUUGGACAUUGUUCAAUUAGAAUGGUCGUUGGAUUUCGCCGAUUACGUCUUACUAGCACUAAGAUGCUUUAAACAAUACGGGCAAAUGAAACUAAAAUUACCGAGUCCAUCGAAGAGCGUUGUAGAAGACAACGGUGAAAAAUUAUCCAUGCAUUUGAUCGUAACGCAUUUCAAUUUCUUCUGUCAAUCCCAAAACGAAGAAUACUUCGUGUUUCGUUUGAACACCAUCAGCCUCGAUAAAACCCCCGCGACGUCGAACGUGAAGUUCGAGGAGUUCAAAAUGUUCAGUUUGAACAACAGCGGGGACUGCUACACUUGCAUCAGGACCGAAGACAUAUCGAAUUACAAGGCAUUCGUGAAGACGGCUUGCCUGGAAACGCGACACAACAAGGACAAAAUCAAGGAGACCACGUUCACGCUAUUGGACAACAUCGUGACGUAUUGGUCUACGAAUUUCCACAUGAAAAGCUUGCUGUUGUACAGGGACGUAAGAGACUUUGUGUGCGCCAUUCGAGAGGAAUUAGGCGUGGAGAGUACGAGGAGUUUACCGGUUAAAAGCGUCACCAAUUUGAACAUAUUCGGUAAAUUCGAGUUCCACAUCGACAUCAGUCCCGAACACAACGCUAAAGUCUCUUUAGACGAAUUGAUCCUCACUAAGAAAUUGGAAGACGCCGCAUCGUCGUCGGAUAUCUACUUGAACACGUCGCUGGUGAUAACGAUAGAUAACUCGGACAUAUUUACUAUAGGAGGCGUCAAUUUCCACCCGAUCAAAUCUCACGCUUUGGUCGAAGCCGAACGAUCGGACGUCGAAAGUUUCGCGGUACCAUUCAACAAAACCUGGGGCGUGAACAUCGAUUCCUUCAAAGCGGUGUUCCCUCACGAGCACAAUUUCGCCGAGGCCUAUCAAAACCAGUUCGUUUCGGUGUUCAAAUGGCUGAAAAUCGUGCACGAUCUCAAGAAGGACAAGUCCGCCGAUAGGCCAUUGCCCAGCGAUUUGCUCAUAAAGGUUAAAGAAUUUCUGUUCGAAAUGAGCGACGAUCCGUUCGAAGUGAAACUGCGCGACAACUUCGAGCUGCUGGAGGACGAAUACAACGAGAGCUUGAAGAGGCAAAAGAUGCUCAAGGAUAAGAUUGCAGAUUUGUUGAAAACGCACUUGCACAUGCCGGCCGGCAGGGUCGAAGAGUUGUACGUUUCCCUCAAGAAAAAAAACGCCGAAAUCUACAUACAACGAUCGAAAUUAAUGUACAAAGCCGCUCCGCCUCGCACCCGCCUCUUCGCUUGGAACAUCACCAACGUCGAGAUACUCGUGAUGGCCGAUCCGACGAUUCACGGCGCCGAUAACGCGAUCAGAACGAUGCGCGAGAUCGAUCACGAGACGCCGUGGCCGGAGGAGCAGAUGGAGUUUUCGACGUUGUGGUGUCGAGUGGUGUCGUUCCGAUGCGCCGAUUGGAAUUUCCUGCUCAGGGAUUUCCCGCAGCCGUUGAUGAACGUGAAGAAGUUGUACGUGUGCGGGCAAUUGGUCGGCGCCGAGCAGGUGGCGCCCAAAAGAGCCGUACGUACGGUGGUGAUACAAUUAGGGGAACCCUUCGAACCUUAUGUAAUAGAAAGGGGAAUGUUACCGUUGAAAUAUUAUCACGAUUUCAAUUGCGAAAUCGAAUCGUUUAGCUACGCUUUCGGUCCUUGUUGGGAGCCUGUUAUAGCCCAAUGUAAUCUCAAUUUUAAUCAAAUAUCCGCUCCAUCUAGAGACCCUUCACCACCGUUGACGUUUUGGGAUAGAAUGAGACUAUUAUUGCACGGAAGACUUACAAUGGUCGUGCAACAAUUAACUGUUUUAUUGCACGGGUCUUUGGAUCCUUACAAUACCACCGAAGAAAUGGCUCUAACGUGGGAAAAAGUCGUCAUGGAUUGGACAAACGCUAAAUUCGUCUAUAAAGGCGAUUUGAACGUGUACGUGCGAACGGCCUCGAAAUACGACGACGUCCAGCUACUGAAACUGCCGAAUUUGAAGCUGAUACUCGGCAUACAAUGGCAGUGCCUCGGCAAUCCCAACGACCAUCACAGCGUCGUCCAAUGCGCCCCCGACAAAGUACCCGAAUACUCCAGCAACCAAGUACACGAUUCGUUCAGAGCCUUCCGAUCGCAGAACGUCAACCUCAGCAUCGUCCUCGAAACGCGUCCCGUCCCCAACGAGCCCAACAGCUGUCCCAUUUUAUUGCUCUACGGCAGCACGCUGCGAUGGAUCGAAAGCCUCAAACUGAUCCUAUCGGGCGUCACCAGACCCACGAAGCGCGGCAGGAUCUUCAACAAUCUGAGGCCCAGGAAAACGCAACUCAGUCGACACUACAAAAAGAUACACCUGCUGAUGCACCUGCACAAGUUCCAAGUGUGCUACUGGAUGUCGUUUUCGAUGCAACGCGGCUGCGAAUUGUUCGGCGGUCGGUUGUCGUCGAGCGCCGAGCACACGCUGUCGCUGGUCGGCGUCGACGACGGGCUGAAGCACCGGCCGAAGGCCGAAUGGUCGGUGGUCUACAUGAAUUCGGAGCUCAACGACUUCGAGAUCUGGCUGAAGAGCGCGCUGCACGACGAGAUGGAGCUGGAGCUGCCGGCGCCGCGCCAGCCGGUCGAGAAGUGCUACUGUCUGUCGGUGGCGAAAGUGUCCUACGGCAGGGAGACGAUCGUGCACGGACAGGAACGGAACAAGGACGUGCCCACCCAUCGGUUGGUCGUCUACGAUUUGAAGGGGGCUUGGACGAAGAGCAACCGGAACGUCGCCUUCGCUCUGUUCGAUACGUUCAUGAAGACCAUGAGAAUGAAGAAAAAUUUAUCGACGGACGCUCUGAAGGGUUUCCGAAAGGACAACAGUACAACACCGUUGAAGAGGAAAAACGCCGAUACUACUAGUACUCCUUCUAAUAACUCCAUUCAAGCCAUCCAGUCGGCUAACGCCGUGCAAGAUACGCCUUCUCCUAUCAGCAAAUUGCAAUCCGGCCACGCCGCUAACAUGCUGCAGCAACUCAUCGCCGAGGCCGACAACAAUUCGGUCGUUUACAGCGACGAUUUAUCGUCGACGUCCAGACAACAGCACUUGCAGGGCCUGCAGGCUUGCCAAGCGGACGACGUUUUGCACAAAAACUGGCAAAUUGCGCUGGUGAACGCCCAGGUGUUGCUGAAAGGUUGCGAAACGAAGGGCUACGUGAUACUGAGCGCCGCCAAAGCGGAGAUCGUGCAAAGCAUCCACAGACCGGCCUGGAAGGAUAGAACUUUAGUGUCGAAAACGACGUGGGUGGGAACGUUGGAGUGCAUGCAGUAUUACGCUACAGUCAACGCCGGUGAAAACGAUACAGCAGACGAAAAUAUAAUGUGGUUGACUGUGGACAACAUCCAAGAGAAGGAAUCCGCCGAGAUAUCGGAGCCCUGCGAGGUGCCGAACCUGGUCGGUAGCGGCGUGUCCGUGGGCGCCGUCGUCAGCGAUACCGUCGGACCUAGUUCGUCGAGACAGUUGCAACGGAUAGUGUCGCGGUGCAAGUGCGAGUUCUUCUACGCCGAUUACGGCGACAUCAGCGUCGAUCCGGAGGGCAUCGGGGAGAUACCGUCGCCGCCGCAGGAGGACGUGGGACCGUGGGAGAACCGGCAAUCGGCCAUCGACGCUUUCACCUUGAUGCAUUACGAUCUCGACGUUUGCACGAAUUCCCUACAAUACGCUAUGCUGUUGGAUAUCGUAAACAAUCUCCUGCUGUACGUCGAGCCGCACAGAAAGGAAGCCCUGGAGAAACUGGCGCGGAUGAGGUUCAAACUGCAACUGCACAGCGUCGACGAUCAAAGGAAACCCAUACAGAACCAACAGACGCUCGUGAGGAGCACGCAGAGCAAAUUGCGGCGAUUAGAAAAAGAAACUUACUUAGUCAACAAAGCGUUGGAGGAGAAUCCCGACGAUAUCGAGCUGCGACAAGAAUCCGAUAGAUUAGAACGAUUAAUGUACGAUUGCAAGAAUCAGCUGAACGCGCAAAGCGAGGAGCUCGACAUGAUGUUGUCGUGCUUCAAGGAAACCCAGUUGUUGGCCAACGCCCGCUUGGCCACCACCAGAAACGACAAACCCCUGACGGUGGUCAGGGCGAACGAGAUAUGCUUCAAGCACGCCCAGUGGAGGCUGACCGAAGCCGACGGGCAAAUCGGUAUCGCCGAUUUGGUACUCAGCAAUUUCCUGUAUACGAAGAAUUCGAAGAGCGACGAUUCCGUAGAGCAUCUGAUGGAGCUGGCCUAUUUGAGGAUGACGAAUUUACUACCGAACGAAAUCUACAAAGAGGUGAUUUGUCCCACGGAAAUUCAAUUCGACAUGCCCAUAGAGCACAAGAAAGUGCUGAGGAUCUUCUGCAGGGAGAAACCUCCCGUCGGGGGGAUAUCGGUGAAGGAAAUAUUCGAGAUUAAUCUGGUGCCCUUGACCAUAGGGCUGACGAAGAAGUUUUACAAUACGAUGAUGAAGUUUUGUUUCCCCGAAAGGGAGAGCGAAAGCAGCGAUUUCAGCGAUAGGGCGAGCGAAGACGGCGAGUCGGAGCAGAAAGGGAAGAAAUCGAAAGGGAGGCGGAAUAGGGAUUCGAAUUUUUACGUGCACAUCGACGAUGUGGAAAAAAUGAAGGAAAGAGCGGAAAAGAACAAACUAUUCGUUUACAUAAAAAUUCCCGAAGUACCCGUGAAGUUGAGCUACAAAGGAACAAAAGAGAAGAAUCUGGAAGACUUGAGGGAUUAUUCGUUGAUAAUUCCGACCCUCGAGUACCACAAUAUGACGUGGACUUGGUUGGAUUUGUUGAUGGCUAUUAGAAACGACAGUAAAAGGGUUAUAUUAUCGCAAGCUAUCAAGCAGAAGUUGCAAAUUAAAAGAAACACCGGAGCGGCCGAUGAAAGUUCGGCUCCCCAAGAGGAAGAUAAGGCCAGAAUGUUGUUUGGCACGAGACAUGCGCCCGAAAACAAGAGUAUAAGGAGAGGAGUGUUUCGAUUCAACAAAUGACGAAUACCGAAAAAAGUGUAAAUUACGAUGGGUUUACAUUGGAUGAAACGAAUGUGAUUAUUACGGCAAAGUGAUAGUAUUUUAAUCUACAUAAAAUUCUAAUCGAAAAUAUUAGGUGGAUAUUUGAUUUGUCUUGUAAGUAAAAAAAGUUACUUUCAACAAGUUUUAGCAGUAUUUUAAGUAACAAAAAAAGUGUAUUAUUUAUAUUUGUUAAAAUAAAAAAAAUGUUAACAUACUUAACGAUCAUACAAACUGAAAUUAUCACAAAAAAAUAAGAAUUAUUUAUUCAACGUAACAUCAAACAAUAGUCGUAAAAAUAGUUUUUAAUCGAUCCAAUACUUCCAAUUCCGACCGACUGAGGCCGUUUUGAUUCGACAGCUGAUUGAGUGAAAAAGUAGCAGAAAUAAGCGUAGAAGAUUUCUCGGGAAUCAAACGUUCCAAGACUUUUUGAGUAUGAUGUCGAAACACUUCAUAAUAUAAAUCGAUACAAUUUUGUAAAAGAACAAGAUCGUUUUUUUCCAACAAAGUAACCAGAUGACCCAACGACAAACAUACCUGAAAUAUAUUUAAACUAACAAAUCAGUAAAUAACAAACAUAAAGUACAUGUACCUGUUCGAUGAGAUGAUCCCUAUGAAUGUACUCGCUCAGAUCCUCCAUGUUUUGGGAAUUUUCCAGGGCUUCUAAAAGCGCCGUCCACACGUUGUAAUAAUGGUUACCGAAACAUUCUCUGCUGCUCGGCACGGAGAGGGCGAGAGCCGCGUUUAUUCGAACUUUGAAAUUCUUGAAGUUCACCACCAAUUCCGUCAAAGCUUUAAACACCGAGCU